AUGCCUGUUGCCAACAAGAUUCAGGAUCUCUUCAACGUCAAUGGCCUCGUAGCAGUCAUCACUGGUGGCGGCAGUGGCCUGGGACUGUACGCCGCGAGAGCACUCGAUGCCAAUGGAGCCAAAGCAGUCUACAUUAUCGGCCGGCGUGAGGACACCUUGAAAACAGCUGCUGCUUCGGCAGAGAAUGGCACCAUCAAGCCCAUUGUCGGUGACGUUACCGAUAAGGAAUCACUCAAGAAGGUCGUCGACCAGAUCCAGCAGGAGCAAGGCUACGUAAACUUGCUCUUCGCCAAUGCCGGCGUCAUGGGUCCCUCACAUGCGUCGGCUGUAGCCAACAAGAAGACUGUCAAGGAGUACUCGCAAGCACUAUUCGAGCCCUCUGUCGAAGACUUCGAUUGGACUUCGCAUGUGAAUUCGACAGGCGUCUUCUACACCGUAUUAGCCUUUAUGGAGUUGUUGGAUGCUGGAAAUCAGAAGCGAAACGUUCCCCAGGAAUCACAGGUCAUUGUGACGUCCUCCGUAGCGGGCUUCUCACGCUCCCUGGGUGUCGGCUUUGCAUACUCGGCCUCCAAGGCUGCUGUGAAUCAUCUUGUCAAGAUGCUUUCGACAGCCUUCGCAACGAAUCAGUUUCACAUCCGCGUCAAUGCUAUCAACCCAGGGCUGUAUCCUUCAGAAAUGACGACUGAGCAAAUGAACUCGAAGAGCGCACAUGGCAAUAGUCAAGGAGCGUACGAGGGUGCGAAGGUGAUUGACGCCAAGACCACACCGGCCGAGCGAACAGGAUCAGAAGAGGACUUUGCGGGCACUAUUCUGUUCAUGGCUAGCAGAGCCGGUGGGUACUUGAAUGGGAUGAAUAUGCUCACGGACGGAGGCCGAGUGUCUCAGCUCCCAGCAACCUACUAG